CCGGCAUCAAAUCAAUCAACACAACCUGCCCUCCAUUGCGCCGCCAAUUCCCCUCCCCAAUAGACACAAUGGCCCUCGACGCAAUGGACCUCGACCCCCACCCGACAGGGCCAGCCAGACAAUCCUCGCCCGAAAAAGACCGCAAGCGCAAACACAAGGACACCACAUCACCCAGCAAGAAGAAGCGCAAGCACGAAAGCGAUGCCACCAGCAGCAAGAAGAGCAGCAGCAGCAGCAAGAAAUCCCAGUCCAAGACUAGCACCAGUACUAGCAAACCUACGACCCCCGACUCCCCCUACACCCUCACCACCGCAACGCUCUACCUCCCACUCUCUCCGAUCUCCAUCUCCCCAACCCACGCCCUAGCCUCCCUGCUAGCAGAGCACCUCUCCCCGCUCCUUCUCACCUACUACGCCCCCCUGAAAGGCAUCGUCCUCGCCUACUCCAAUGCCUCAAUCUCCAGCACCCCGCCGCCCUCAUCCACCAACAUCGUCAACGCCGAAGACCCCAACCUCCCGCAACCACUGACUCUCGCCCGCACCGCCGGCGAAUACGGCGUCCUGUACGUCUACCUCACGGCGACCUUCCUGGUAUUCCGGCCCCAGCGCGGCCAGAUCCUCGAGGGAUGGGUGAACGUGCAAUCGGAAGGCUUCCUGGGCGCCAUCGUCCUGAACCUGUUCUCCGUAGGCAUUGAGCGGAAACGUCUACCCCCGAGCUGGAAGUGGAUUCCUCCCGGCGAGGAAUUGGAAGAAGAGCAGCAGCAGCAGCAGACAUCCACCACCUCCGCUACAGAAAAGGAAGACGAUGAAGACAGCGACUCCUCCUCCACCUCCGAAGGAAGAAAGAAGAAAGCUGCCUUCGACCCCGCCAAGGAACUCUUCCGUCCCAUCGCUCUCGCCGAGGACGUGAACCCCCUCGCUGAUACGGAUCCUACUUCCACCUCUACCAACAACAACAACAACGCCACAGGCGACUACGACGACGACGAAACCGCCGCUGCGGAAGGAUACUUCCAGUCGGUGUCUGGCCACCGUGUGCGCGGCACGAUCAAGUUCCGGGUCGUGGAUGUGGAUGUGAUUCCUGGGUCGGAGCGGGAGAGCGGAUUCCUGAGCAUUGAGGGUACGAUGCUGGAUGAGGAGGAGGAGAAGAGGGUUCUGGAGGAGGAGAGGACGGGCGUUGUUUCUUCUUCUUCUUCUUCUGCUCCUUCUAGCUCCUACGGUGGUAGUGGUUCUACCGGUAUGACACCCAGAAAACUAGGCUCCGUGACUACCAUGUCUGGUGCUUUGGCCAUCCGGUCUGCUUCUGCGUCGGUGGCGCCGGAGCUGGAGCCGGAGGUGGUGGAUGUGCAUGUGGAGGAGUCGCCUAGUAAGGUGAAGAAGUCUUCGUCGAAGGAGAAGAAGGAGAAGAAAGAGAAGAAGUCCAAGUCUUCGAAGAAGGAGAAGACUAAGGAGUAAGUCAGUCAGUCAGUCAUGUUGAUGAUUGAUUGAAUGAUAUGAGUGGGAUGGGAUGGGGGUUGGGGAGGUGGGAGAUGGAAUAACUUGACUUGUUUAUAAGUAUG